AUGGCUGAUAGAAAUGUCAGUGUGGUCACUGAAUUCAUCCUCCUGGGUCUGACUGAUAACCCUGAGUUGAAUAUCUUCCUCUUUUCAUUGCUUCUCUUGAUUUAUGUUUGCACAGUGUUGGGCAACUUUUGGGUUAUCAUAGUCAUUGUGGCCAGUAACCAGCUUCAUUCUCCCAAAUACUUCUUCCUUAGCCACUUGGCUUUCUUGGAUUUCUGCUAUUCCUCCGUAUUUAUUCCUAAAAUGUUAGUGAGCUACAUGGCAGGGCAGAAAGCCAUCUCCUAUUACAGUUGCCUCCUGCAGUAUGCCUUGGUCAGCAUGCUCCUGACUACAGAAUGCUUCCUUCUGGCUGCCAUGGCCUAUGAUCGCUAUGUUGCCAUUUGCCGCCCACUUCACUAUAGAGGACUCAUGACCCUAUGCUGCAUCUAUCUGGUUGCUGCUUCUUACCUGUUGGGUUGUGCCAACUCCCUCACCCACCUGGGUAGCUUGCUCAGUCUGUCCUUCUGUGGACCCAAUGUUAUUAACCAUUACUUUUGUGAUAUUCCACUGCUCUUUCAACUCUCCUGCUCUGACACCCAUCACAGUGAGAUUUUAUUCCUUGUCCUUUCAGGAGCAACCUCAGUGAUUACACUUUUCACUGUAAUUACUUCCUAUCUGGGAAUUCUUCUCAAUGUACUGAAAAUUCACUCUACCAGAGGCAGAUAUAAAGCUUUGUCCAUCUGUGCCUCUCACCUGACUGUAGUAAUUCUAUUUUAUGGAACAGUGAUAUUUACAUAUCUGGGAACCAGCUCCAGCUACUCACAAAAUAGGUCCAAAAUCUUCUCUGUGUUUUAUACCCUUUUGCUUCCAGUGCUCAAUCUUCUGAUAUAUGGCAUAAAGAACAGAGAGGCCAAAGAAGCCAUGAAAAGAAUAUUACAGAGAAAGAUAUUUGCUCACUGA